GUUCGAAGGUCGUCUCGGUUUGGACCGCUAUUCUUUAGUCACCCCCAAAACUAAUGAACGGAGUGAUGACCGUAAUGAAUUUAUGUAUAGAAAUUGGUCAAGCCUGACAACGAAGACUCCAAUGAGAAAUUGGAAGCUAUUCCUGGAAAAUAUGCGAGGAAAUUAUUCUACGGCAGACUUAUGAUAAAAAAAGAAAAAAAGACGUCUUCGAAAUCUGAAAGCAAGAAACUAAAGCGAAGUAAAGCUAAGAAACUGGAAAAAAAACUCAAAAAGACGAGUUUCGUCCCAUCCGAUAUUUCACCUAUCCGGAAAAAUAAAAAUGCUCGCGUCGUUGAUAAGGCUGAGCAUCAACUUGUGACAAAGAAACCGAAAGUUCGUCACACCCCCAGCAUUAAAAAUAAAGACGAGGUUGAAGAAGCCUCGAGUGAAAGUGAUUUUGAACAAAUCGAUGCGGACUGGGAUGCAGACGACCAAACAGAUAACGACGAGGAGCACAAUUGCUCAAGUAUUUCAAUGAUCACAGCUUACGCGGGCCUGAGUUGUUUAGAGUCUUCGGACAAUGACCUCGAAGAAUCUGAAGAGGAUGAAGACGAAGAGUUAGGUGAAGAAGACUUGGAUGCUUUGUUGAAUUCCAAUAAGAAACAGAUGAAACGGAUAAGCGGGUGUCCCAAGGAAAAAGUUUCAAAUGCAGUAGCAGUACAUUCCAGUAAGUUUAACUUUUGUUAACUGUCAUUAGAAUACCUGACUCCUCAUAGCUGUAUCAUAUCAAAGAGGACUCAAUAAACUCUCCUUGAACUGUUCCAGCAUUAUAGUAGUAUGAUUCCACCUAAAUCAAUGGUGAAACAUUCAAAACAUAAAACUUAUGGGGAUGUGCAGGAGUUCCAGUCGCUACACUUAAUAAAGGCAGGGAAAUCUGUGGUCCGAAACAGAUUCAUCAUAUACGAGACAUUAUGUUAUUAUUAAUCCCUUGGGCUUCAACCACACAUCUCUGCUAUCUUCUAUUUUCCGCCGUCCUGUUCAUCCGGGUCGAUGACUGCCCAUAGUCUCUCAUCUCCUCUUCACACGAUCUCCUCCGUGUUACUCUAGGAUGACCCAUUCAUCGCUUCCCAUCUGAAUUCCACUCAAGUGGCUGGCGCGUGAUGUCAUGCGACGGUCUCCUCAACGUGUGCCCAAUCCAUCUGCAUUUCCUCAUAUAUAUUUGUUGAGCGAUUGGCUGUUGGUUGGUUUCUUUCCAGCCAGAGUUUCUUGUUACUAAUUCCUUCUGGCCAGCCAUUUGAUCUUCAGUAUGGAGCCGGCGAAGGCAGCUGUUGAUAAAAGUCUGCAACCUGCUGGGAAUCCUUUGAUUGACACGCCAAGUGGCUGAUCCAUAUAGAAAGACCGACUCUUGACAUUGGUGUUGAAAAUCCGAAUCUUGUUCCUUAUUCUGGCUGAGUGCAGAAAAUUUUCAAAGUGGUUUCAGGUUGAUGAAAACGUAUCCUGCCUUUUCUGUUCUGAUUUUGAUAUCUUCAUCCGUUCCGCCUGUGGUUAAUACGAUGCUUCCCAGAUAAGUGAAGGAAGUGACCUUUGUUAAAUCUCUCCCGUUGAUGGUGAUAUACGAGACAUGCGACAUGCUUAUUCUGUGAGGGUAGAAGUAGAUGAAACACGAUUUGAUCCUGCAACCCAAUAUCUGAAAUUUGUGGGCUUAUGCCAGUGAGCCACAUCUCCACCUUUGAGAUUGAUUCCUUUGUUAGCCGUAUUACUAAGGUUAGCUGUCAACCAAGAAUCCCCCAUCUCCAACCCUUUGCUCAACUACUUGAAUUAUAACCAUCAUGGCGUCGUAUUUUCCUGAGUUAUAUGUGUUAUAUUUUACUACUAUCACCUUACUCAUCUGCUCGUCGUUGCUCGAAAUUCUGAACCAUCUUUCCUAGCCUAGGACGGUAAGUAGUUGAUUUCACGAGGGUGAUCUGUAGCCGACCACCUACCAAGGCUAUUUUCUCAACCUUCCUUCUGCAUAGUCCACAUGGGUCAGCAGUUUUUACUGCUACCAUGUGGUGUUGAAUAAAGUGAAAAGUAACUGGAAGUGAAAGAAAAGUUUUUGGCUUUUUGUCAACACCAACGCAUGAAACUCGGAAUGAAUAUUCCGACAUUGGGAUGCUGAUUGCAGAUUCGGAUUUACAGGUCGGACAUCUAAACUUAGAGAAUAGCUUUCCGAUUUUAUGAAAGGUUAGAUAAUGAGGAUCGUCUUUCGGUAGUCCUCACCGUUAUCCUGUUUGGUGUACUGCCUCUUACACAAAGACCGCAUGGCAAUCAAUCAGAAAUAGUGUCAUGAAACAAAGGAGAUUUUGGCCGUCUGAUUGUACCAUAUACUGCUAAGUUUGUUGAUGGUUUUCAUGGUUACCGCCCCUAAGAAACUGACUUGAUUUAAUUCUAAAAAAAUUUGGAAGAGAAUUGUAUUUUAAGUUGGUCCAUCUGCCAAGAGGCGCACGCGAAUAUCAGCACAUACCAGACAUCAUGUAGAUGAUGAGUGGGGUCGCAAUCCUUGGAGCUGGCUUACUUACUAUAGCUUCUCUAGGUUGGUAAGGAAUACAAUGAGAAGCAUAGAAUGUCUACAUCAGAGUCGUAAGUGUUGACUUGACAGCUGCGUCUGAAUUCAGCAGUACUUGUUAAUCAUUCCAUAUGUUUUUCGGUAUCUGUCUAGAUUUAUUCCAAAGCAAUUCGGGCAAAAUGUUCACAUACAACUACAAAUCUGUUGUUCCAAACUGUUACUGGGACUAGAAGUUGUUAGACUUUCUCACUUUCGAUAUUCUUGAGGCGCUUUUGGCGGUAUGAGGUGUGACAGACUCAAACCGUAAAGGUGUAGACAGUAUUCUCCCAGUGAACAAAGAAUUUCUGUAUUUAUUCAAAGGAGGAAGACGUAGUGAGAAUCGACGAAAGACGCGGGUCCACAACCAAAGAAGAUGAAGUCUUCAGACGAGUGUGAGGAUACUUCGGGAAAAAAUGAUAGUAGUAUCGAUAGAAAAUUGCCUCCUGUCGGUUGGACAAAUGCGUCUUUGAUGCUAGAAGAAAUUAAGAAACGUGCAAUCGAACUUUCAUCUGCAACUGUGUAUGUGAGUCCUAUUCCAACAAAUGUUAAUGAAGCCAUGUUAAAGUCACUGUCACCAACCAUGGUGUCGUACAGACUAUCUGUCAAAUCUAAGAAAAAGGUCCCACGUGGAUAUGCAUUCUUGCAGUAUGCUGAUAUGGACGCGGCUGAAGCUGCCAUGAAAGCAAUUUCAGGUCGCCUGUUCGCCGGCAAGACUUUAGUUGCUCAUCCUAAUCGUUUGCCAUUUGGUAAUGAUUUAGCAAUACAAAACGUUGAUCGAAAUCAACUUUUUGUAACUGGUUUCAGUCCAUCUGUGCCCAAAAGUGAACUAAUUCAUAUAUUCCCUAAAGGCAGUGUUGAUUUCCCAUUAACCAAAGAUGGAUUAUCCUGUGGCUUCGCCAUCAUUAAGUUUGUUAAUGAAAGUGUGGCAAUGGAGGCCUUCCUAUCUACACAUAAGAGGCUGGUUCGUGGUCUACCGAUAUUCGUGAAUUAUAUUAUAAACUCCUCUUUUUCUAAAGACGGUAAUAAACAGGAAGAAGCAGCUAGGAAUACUAAAUCCUCGAUGCUAGAAAAAGUAAACAAGGUGAAAGUAUCGUCUGGGCAGGGAAAUCCAUCUGAACCAUUGUUGACAAAUAAAACGUCACGUAAUGUAAAUACAGCUAACAAUUCUUCAAUACCGUCCGCAAAUACAAAGGUUUUAGUGCAACAACUUCCACCUGAGCCUGAUGAGGAGACAGAAGCACAUUCAGAAGACCAGUCGGGUGAUGGAAGCGAUGCUGAGGAAAUAGUUACAACUCAUUGGCCUGAAAGAUCCUGUGGAAGCACAAGUGGAACAUUUGUACUAAAUGAUCUUGCACGACGUCGAACCCUUGUAGAAGAAGAAGAACCAAAAUCCCCCGGCGAUGAUUCUUCGGGAAGUGAACAAGACAGUGAUGAAGAUGAUGAUGAAUUGGAAUAUGAUGAAGAUGACGAGGAGGAGGUCGACGAGGAAACUGAUGAAGACGAUGAUAAUGCCAGCUUAGAUGAAAAUAGUGACGAAACGAGCGAAAACGAGGAUGAUACUGCGACCCUAAAAAAGAAGACUGCAAAACCUUCACCACAUCAUGAAGGUGGUUUAUUUUCAUCACCACAGCCGUUCCCUGAUGAGGCGGCUUGUGAUGAAAAUUCUGAUGAGGAAAUAGACAAAGAAUUGAUGGCUGUUAUACGAGCUAAACGUAGUGCAAGUAAAUCAUUUAAAUCGUCUGCAGGUAAACGUACAUGGAGCUAUAAUAAUAAGCAAACUAUGAACCAUGCGAAAAAGAACUGUGGGAAGAAAAUUAAACCGCAAAUGCUACGCGUACCCAAGAUCAAAAAGAAGUCAAAGGCUCAUUGACAUCCUUCUGUGGAAUAUAAAUAGAUUUAUGCUUUGAAUACAAAAAUUGACUGAG